AUGAUCACUUCCUCCUUUCAAGCCUCUGUGGCGGUUUGUGCCCUGGUUAUCCUGCAUGUCAGUGCCCUGGAUACAUUUAUAGCUGCCGUCUAUGAACAUGCUGUCCUACGGCCAAAGGCCACAGAAACACCUGUUUCCCGGGACGAUGCCUUGCUCCUUAUGAACAAGAACAUAGAUAUUCUGGAGAGAGCAAUACAGCAGGCAGCUGCGCAGGGUGCUCAAAUUAUCGUGACUCCAGAAGAUGCACUUUAUGGAUGGAAAUUUACCAGGGAAACCAUUUUUCCUUAUCUGGAGGAUAUCCCAGACCCUCAGGUGGCCUGGAUUCCAUGUCAAGACCCCCACAGAUUUGGUGACACACCAGUACAAGCAAGACUCAGCUGCCUGGCCAAGGACAACUCUAUCUAUGUCUUGGCAAAUAUUGGGGACAAAAAGCCAUGUAAUUCUCAUUACUCCACAUGUCCUCCUAAUGGCUAUUACCAAUACAAUACCAAUGUGGUAUAUGAUGCAAAGGGACAAUUGGUGGCACGCUAUCACAAGUACAACCUCUUCUCUGAACCUCAGUUUGAUGCCCCUGAAAAGCCAGAGCUGGUGACUUUUGACACCGCCUUUGGGAAGUUUGGCAUUUUCACGUGCUUCGAUAUACUCUUCCAUGAUCCUGCUGUGACUCUGGUGAAAGACUUGCAGGUGGACACCAUUCUGUUUCCCACAGCGUGGAUGAAUGUUUUGCCCCUACUGACAGCUAUUGAAUUCCACUCAGCUUGGGCUAUGGGCAUGAGAGUUAAUCUUCUUGCGGCAAAUAUACAUUAUGUGCAACAAAAUAUGACAGGCAGUGGUAUUUAUGCACCGGAUUCGCCCAAAGUAUUCCAUUAUGAUAUGAAAACAAACGAGGGAAAGCUCCUUCUUUCAGAAUUGUAUUCACAUCCUCGAAAAUCUCCUGCCUACCCCGCAGCCGUAGACUGGAGUGCCUAUGCCACAACCAUCAAACCAUUCCCAGUCCAGAAAAAUACUUUCAGGGGGUUUAUGUCCAGAGAUGAGUUCAACUUCACAGAACUUUUUGAAAAUGCAGGCAAUCUUUCAGUCUGUCACAAAGAUCUCUGCUGUCAUUUAAGCUACAGAAUGCUAAGACAAGAAGGGAACGAAGUGUACGUUCUGGGAGCUUUCACAGGACUUCACGGCCGAAGGAGAAGAGAAUACUGGCAGGUAUGCACCAUGCUGAAAUGUAAAACGACUAAUGUGACAACUUGUGGACAACCGGUAGAAACAGCUUUGACAAGAUUUGACGUAUUCUCCCUAAGUGGUACAUUCAGAACAAAGUAUGUUUUUCCUGAAGUGCUACUUACUAAAGUUAAGCUGUCACCUGGAAAAUUUGAGGUACUAAAAGACGGGCGUUUGGUAAACAAGAAUGGAUUAUCUGAGCCUAUUCUAACAGUGUCACUCUUUGGGAGAUGGUACACUAAGGACUCACUGUCCAGCUCUGGAGGGAUCAGAAAUUUGGAAACAACUAACCUGCUAAUAGCCACUUUUUUAAUGAUCAUAGUUUUGCAAAUAUUAUGA